AUGGCCCAGGUUUUCGAGGUCUCCGUCUUUUUCAUUGUCUUCCGUGAGACGCUUGAAGCGUCCAUCAUCAUCUCGGUCCUGCUUGCCUUCCUCAAGCAGGGUAUCGGUCGUUCUAUGGACGACCCUGUGAUCUAUAAACGUCUUGUUAAACAUGUCUGGGUUGGCUCUGCUAUCGGUUUCUUGGUCUGUCUAUGCAUCGGUGGUGCCUUCAUCGGAGCCUGGUACUCCCUCGGCAGAGAUGUCUGGGGCUCGUCCGAGGAUCUCUGGGAAGGUAUCUUCUCGAUCAUCGCUACCGUCAUUAUCUCAAUCAUGGGUCUCGCCAUGCUCAGACUCAACAAACUCAAGGAGAAAUGGCGUGUCAAGAUUGCUGCUGCCAUGGAGGAGCGCAACCGCAGAGGCAGGGGCAUGUUUGGCCGCUUCACGCGCAAGUACGCCAUGGCUAUCCUUCCGCUCAUCACCGUCCUGCGUGAAGGUGUCGAGGCCAUCGUCUUCGUCGGUGGUGUCUCGCUUACCGCGCCCGCCAAGGCUUUCCCUCUUCCUGUUAUCUGCGGUAUGCUCGCGGGUUCGGCUAUCGGUUACUUGAUGUACAAGGGAGGUGACUUUGUCAAGAUCCAGUACUUUUUGAUCAUCGCCACCUGCUUCCUCUACCUCGUCGGCGCGGGUCUGUUCUCCAAGGCGUGCUGGUACUUCCAGAACCACAACUGGGUCAGCUUCGUCGGCUCGGAUGUGUCUGAGGAAGGCUCCGGCGCGGGCUCGUACGAUGUCCGCCAGUCGGUCUGGCACGUCAACUGCUGCAACGGAGAGACCGACGGUGGCUGGAUGAUUUUCAACGCCUUGUUUGGCUGGCAGAACUCGGCCACGUACGGCUCCGUUAUCGGCUACAACUGCUACUGGAUCGCCGUCAUGGUCUCGGUCGCGCUCAUGCUCUACAAGGAGAAGAAGGGAUACUUCCCGUUCUUGAAGUCCUGGACCGAGAAGCACGAGGCCAAGAAGAUCGCAAAGAGACGCGCCAGAAUGGAGCGUAUCCGCGCCGAGAUGGAGGAGGAGGAGGACCGCGUCGAGCCCAAGAACGUUGAGUCUGACUCCGUUUGA